UUACAGGUUCCCUUAACUGAAGAUAAAUAAAUUUAUAAAAGAUGUCCACUUUGAUGCGCAAAUGAAGAUCUCAGGUAAAAAUGCGUGUCACAGAAAGAAGGUUGGUAAGGUAUCCGGUUCUGAUGCUCCUUUACGGAGAAACACUAGCUAGAUGCCUCUACCAGUUCGAUAGCGAAAACAGCAAAGUAGGGAAUUUCUCAUCUCCUGACUAUCCGGAAAAGUAUUCUGCAAAUGUGGAAUGCUUCUACAAUUUCGUUGGACGUGAUUUUGAAACCUUGAAGCUCACAUUUUAUCAUUUCGAUCUGGAGCCGCCUUACGCUAAAGGAUGCCUGACUGACUAUGUGGAUAUUUCUACCAUUACAGCUUCGGACGUGAAGGAGUUGGUUGGGAGGUAUUGCGGCUCCAGAGUAGAUACUCCACUACUUUCAAUGCAUCCGAAAGCAGAGAUUAUUUUCCGUUCCAACCACAUUGUUCAUCAUAAAGGGUUCUACGGCAUGUACGAGUUUCGUCAUGAAAAGACAAUACCGCCCCCCAAAAGUACCGAGCUUGUCGAAGGAUGCGGUGGGACAGAGACUGGAGUUGGCGGAGUCAUAGUGUCCCCAGGUUAUCCUCACUCGUUCCCAAAGGAUGUGGAAUGCGUGUGGUUGAUCAGAGUGGAUAGCAAAGAACACAUUUACAUCCGAAUCCUCGACUUACAGUUAUAUGGCAGCAUAGCAAACUGCGCUGAUGCUGAGUUGUCAAUCUACGACGGGUAUUCCAGCUUUACAUUUAAUCCCGAAAUUAUGAAGAAAUACUGCGGAGAUUUAAAGUACUACAAGAAUGUUGAAGAACGCACACAAAUGUCCAAAAGAAACAGACUUCUUAUCAGGUAA